CGGCGGCGACGCGCACAGAGGUUCAGCAGAGUGAAGCCGCACCCUGUGAGCUCCUGGGAGUCAGUCUCACACGGCGCACAUUUCUACGCACAGGUAGAAGCGUUUCGAACAACCGGAAACGAGGAAAAAGUCGGAACGCAGGUGGCGGAGGACUUGUUCAACCAGGCGACUUCAAGGAUUCAUAAGAAGGAAAACACUGAGAGUUGGAGGAGAGUCUCAGAAGAAUCAGAAACAGAAGAACUAGGAGUUGUUUUUUUUAUUAUUAUUAUUUUAAUUUUAAUUUUUAUUGUCCUAUUUGCGCGUGGUUCUUAGCGCGGACGCUCGCGCUGCGCAGGAGGUGAGCUCAGGUACGAAACCAACUCCUCCAGUCUGGGUUUACCUGCUCAACGACUUCACAAAGGCAAUAAAAGGUUGGUAACGAGGACCUUCCACUCGGCAGGACGCUAAAGGUCUAAAACUUCCCGUGAACCCUCACCUGCCCAGGUGAUGGCGUCUCAACAGAAAGGGCGAGUCUGAGUGACGACCUGACUCCUCCCUCUGCUCCCUGUCUGACCGGCUGCCCCCCCCCCCCCAAACCCCCGACCACCUACUCCCCCCCUAAUCUCUGAUCUACAUCCAGUAGAUUCCUCAACAUGGAUACAGACACUGAGGACACAGUGGGGUGUUACUUUAACAAGAGCGUCAAGUUUUUCUAUGAGAAGAGCGGCAAGAACAUCAGCGCCUACUGGCGUAAUCGUGACUAUGUGAUCGUUUCUCUGGGAAUGACCGUCUGCUUCAUCGUCAUCUUUUCUAACCUUUUAGUCAUAGGGGCCAUUUUAAAGAACCGACGCUUUCACUUUCCCAUCUACUACCUGCUGGGUAACCUGGCUUUAGCAGACCUCUUCUCAGGUGUCUCCUACCUCCACAUGAUGUUUCAUACUGGUCCCUGGACCAUUAAACUGUCCAAGUACCAGUGGUUUGUGCGUCAGAGUCUGAUCGACACCAGCCUGACGGCCUCGGUGCUGAACCUGUUGGCCGUGGCCGUGGAGCGCCACCAAACCAUCUUCAGCAUGCAACUGCACAGUAAGAUGAGCACGCAGCGAGUGUUCGCCAUCAUCCUGUUUAUCUGGCUGGUGGCGAUCAUCAUGGGUCUGGUUCCCACCAUGGGCUGGCACUGCCUGUGUGACCUGGAUCACUGCUCCACCAUGGCGCCGCUCUACAGCCGCAGCUACCUGGUGUUCUGGGCUGUUCUCAACUUGGUCACCUUCUCCAUCAUGGUGGCCGUCUACACCAGGAUCUUUGUCUAUGUGAGGAAGAGGAGUAAGCAGAUGUCACAGCACACCUCCCAGAUGAGACUCCGAGAGACGGUGUUCAACCUGAUGAAGACUGUCUCCAUGAUCCUGGGCUGUUUUGUGCUCUGCUGGACGCCCGGCCUCGUCCUGCUGCUGCUCGAUGGUCUGGGCUGCGAUGAAUGCAACGUGCUGAAAUAUGAGAAGUACUGCCUGGUGCUGGCCGAGUGCAACUCCUUCGUCAACCCCAUCAUCUACUGCUUCAGGGACAAAGAAAUGAAGAAGACCUUCAAGGAGAUCUUGUGCUUCUUGUGCAAUCGGGGCCACAACAACAAGGGAAACUCCGGAGUUCACUUUAACACCAUGGAGAAUGAGAAGUCUAAAUCUCGUACUGCCGAGCCCAUUGAAGGGAGCAACGGGACACCUCUCAUCUCUGGGAGCUCUAAAGACCCCCCAGUCUCCUCAGAAAGCUGGAAUUAACUCUUCUAUAAACUCUGAACAGUCACAGUCACGGUAUACACACACACUUGACCCUGAAAUCUACUUAUGUGUGUGUCUGCACAACCAAACAUGCCCUAAGACCUGUUUUUUCUCAGCCAGGAAACUGUUGAUAUUACAAGGUCUGUUUGGGGGAGAAAAGGUUUUAUCUAUUCUGUUAACGGACAAAAGUGUUUGUAUCUGUUAACGAUGUCAUUCAGAUACAUCACAUGUUUGCAGAACACGCCUUGCAGCGAGAACGAUGCAAGUUCUAUUUUGACCAGAGGAGACUUAAAGAGUUGAAUGGGACUUAUUUAAAGAAAAGGAAGUGCUUUUAGUCAUCAGUUUUCAAGAGGCAUGAGGAUGCAAGCCUUAAAAUAAUGGGUUCAUUUCCUGUUUGGACAUCACUGAUCAAAACGAUGGAGGUACGAGAGGCACCGCUAACAUCCCAUGAGCGACUGGAACAUGUGCAGCGGUGGUGGAAGACAUGGUCACAUACCAGAGCACCGACCCAAGUACGCACUGUGUUAAACCUCUCAAGCUCUACAUGAAAUCAGCCCUGACAGAUAUAUUUUAAACAAUGUACAGAACCGCAGGAUGCCACAAGUUUCCAGGGUUCGUUUGACAGAAAAAGGACAAUGAAGAACACGGGGGUUCUCAGAAAACCACAUUCAGAGUAGGCUUUUAAAAGGUUGGAGAUGAUUUAUAAAAAUGCAGUCUUUUAAAACAGACAGAAUUUAUUGGCUUUUAUAGUGUUUCCAGUGUUAUCAAUCUGUAAAAAAAACUUAAUAAAGAUGGUGGUAAAUGUCAUGAAUACAACAGAUUUGUAACACUGAAAGCAUGACUGUGUGAAUAUGAUAAUAGUACUCAGAUCAUUAAGUAAAGGAGUUCAUGAAAUAUAAUCAUCAAAUCACUAGUAUAAAAAAGUCAGUGUGUUUGUGUACUUGCGUUAAGUUUGAUUUUUUUUUUUUUUUGUGUGUGGCAUGUGGUUGUUAUAAGCUAAUGAUUAACUGUUCUAUCAUAACAAUCUGUGCACUCAUUUCUACACAGAAAGCUGAGUCAGAGUAUCAGUAAAAAUCCUGAUGAUUAUACCUGCAUUCUUUUUUUUCCCUUUUUUUUUGCUUCUCUACAGUUUUAGCAUUAGCUACUGUUAGCUUAAAAAUGGAGUUAGCUAACAUCAACAAAUGAAAAACUUCUGACCAAGUACAUACAAAUCUUACAUAUUGGACCCUUAAGGAGUAAAUUGGUCAUCACAUGAGAUAUUCUGAGUUAAAUUGGAGUCAUCUGGACACUUAUAACGUCAUUUUUACCUCCACCAGGAGGUAUUGUGAUCACUUUGCUUUGUGUGUUUGCGUGCAUGUGUGCGUGCAUGUUUGUUUGUUUGUUUGUUAGCAAGAUAACUCAAAAAGUUA